AUGAGAACCCCAACUAAGCAUUCCACAAAUGUGGACACUGCCCCUUCGGUUGUCCCGGUUCCAGCUGUUGUUAGCCGACCGUCUCUCAAUGCGCCAACUCCGGAAGUGUUGUUACCUACAACCAUGCGAAAUGCACCCGUCAGGCUUCUUCUUAAUUCUUCAACUGCUCUUUCGAAUGCCCUUAUUUCUGUUCAACCACAAUUUACUAUAUUCCCUUCCCCACCAAAGUUUCCGCCCAAUGAACAAUGUGCAGAUCGCUCUUCCGUUUCAAAUUCAGCUGGGCUGUCUCCAAGAAAGCAUCUCGAAAUGGACCCAAAAUGUGUAGGACUUGAAGCCAAGACUGCGCACCUUAGCCCAAUUACUAUCAUCACACCAACUAAGACCUCUGCUACGCCCCAAAUAAUGCCACUCGUGCAGAACUCUGAGUUAAGGAACUUAAAUCAAUCUCCUGUGCAAUGUAAUUCCGCAUUAUAUAGCAAUACAACCCUGCCUGCUGCUAAAUCUGCGCCAACAAAUACAAAGACGCUUUUUCCAAUCGCUCUACCUGUUGAUACUGUUUCUCACGCAGCUCCUAACCUACUGACCACUCUUCGACCUUUAAAAAAUGAAUCUGCACACCUCCAAUCCGUUGCUACAGCACAUCUAAGCGGUACCAAUCAAACAUCUGCUGAUCCUACCUUAACAUCUGCAGCGCCAAUUUUGAAACCAUCUAGUCUUGUCUCACACUCAACUGUCCCCAGUGUAUCGAUUGACAACCAAACUACACCAUUGGUUUCUGUCGUAUCUAUUGAUACAUCGAAGAGUGGUCAUUAUGCGUCCACGGCAGCUACGACACGCUCAGCGCAGCGCAUUCCAAUUGCAGUGGCUACAAAUAGACAGUCUAGUACAAGUGUACCUCUAAGUCGCUCGUCAAUUGGACGUCAACCAGUUAUCGCUCCAUUAUCUCCUCUCCGGCCCGCUUCUGGUGGCCCAUUAACUCCAAGCCGAAAACGAGCCCGAAAGCAGCAACUUUUGGCUCCACAUGGUACCGAGACUUCUGUUUCUUCUACUAGUGGAACUGCACCUGCCGUCAAUAUUGUCGGAAUGGUCACUUCAUCGAAUGACAGUGGUGCACUUAAGCCAUCUGAUCCAACAAAUGUCGCUACUGCUAUAAUCCCAAAUGUUUCCGUCACGUCCUCUAUCUCUGAUAUCGAAGCUUCGCUGCAGUCAAGUAAUCUCACAACAUCGCCAGUGCCCGUCGUUGCUUCAGCUAACUCAAGUUCAAGUGGAACUAGUCACGUGCUCAACCUGCGUUUACUCCAGGUGCGGCCAGUGACCACCAGUGGUCAAUCAAACAAGGAAGUAUCAUCGACGUUUGACCAUUUUUCCGUAACAGCCACGACCUCACUGAUGGCUUCUCAACUUCACAGCUUAGUCGUUAGUUCUGCGGGUGUUUCUACAGAGCAUCAGCCAACCUUGUCAGCAACGGCGACGGCACUGACAACCGGCUCUGUUGCUGCUUCCUUAGUUACUGCAUCUUCAUUUCAUCCUGCCAAUCCGACUUCCCAGCAAUCUAUGUACGUGUUUCCUACAACUGCUGUUGCAACCCCUUUCCGAGCAGCCAUGACGGCCACUGCAUCGACUGGUAAUGUUCUGCAGAGUGUGCGAACUGUCUUCAGCCAACCCACUGCAAACAACACCGGCAACGUUGGUCUGCAAUCUCUCACUGCACCAUUGUCUCCUUCCCUGCGGAAGACCCCUGCCGACUGGUCUGUCGCGAGAUCUAACGUAACAGGCAAAUCAGUAUCGGUCUCACCCACACACAUUGCACCGGAUGAAAGUGUCUCCAGAGUAGCACCUAUGUCUUCUGGCAAUCUCACUGUUAAGACAAACUUGGAAGGUCCCUCGAACCAACCGGUGGUGCCAAAUCUUCGCCUACCCGAUCUAAACACGAGGAGCUGUUUUGAAGAUGUAAGCACUGCGACAGCAUCGGUCUCUCCAUGCAAGCGACUCCGAAAGCAAAGUAACAGUACAAGUGGUAUUAGAAAACAGUGCACUUGGGAGUUGCGGACAGACCCUACAGAUUCGAAUAAAUGUGUUUGGCGUUCACCCCUGGAAAGUUCGGAUCCUCAGGAGCCUUCCCCGCAACUUAUUUUUGACUCUGACACUAGGACUAGUACCCUGGCACGAGAUACGAUCGAUAGCGCAGAAUCGGUCAUUCACGGAUGUCCCGUCCGAAUGCAUCUCAUUAAGCCAUCGCAUUUAUCGUCGCGUUUUAGCGGUAUUUGGAAAGGGCCUAAGACAGGCCACUUUCUCAGGUCUUCCGAGAUUCGCCAACGACCUGAGGGUCCUCAGGCUUUGUCAGCACCUCUCCGGGUGGGUCCGCCUGCAGCUACUAGACAUUUAACUGAAUCAGGCCUCCGACGUCUCCGUGACCAGCUGCAGUUUUUGCCUCCAGCUGAAAAUUCUGACGGUCAGCAGACCUCCAAGAGUCUCGAUGUUGCUACCUUAUCUGAGCUGCUGGAUUUACGAAGUCAGCACGCAGAAACCUGUUUCGUGAAUCACCCAGUGCAUACGAUCUCUACACUUGAUUUAACCGGCUGGAGACUUCUCUUAUGUUUGAAAAAUUGUGAGAAACUCAUUUCUACAGAAUACGGAAAAAUGUCAGCAAUUUCGAGGGCUUCUGAAAUGCUACAAGCCUUGCGUCGUGAUCGCUGUCACAACGAGCAGUCAAGGCCCAAUGAAGAAUCUGCGUCCAUGUGUCACUUUGUUCAGGAUCAGCAACAGGCCCUCAUCACCCGCCUUUUCCUCCAAGCCAUCCCUCCGGCAUCGCCUUGCUCCUCCUCAUCUGAUUUUGGUGUGCACGAUAAUGGGAGCAGCAAGAAAGUCAUAGACCUGCCAUCUCAAUCCCAAGGAAUGGAUGCCGAUUUUAACAAAGUUGAGGAACUCAUUCAGGGUCUUCGUCAACGGAUACGUACGUUGGUAGAAAGUUUGCAACGCGUUUCCAAUCUAUCACACAACCUUCUUGCUAGUCACCAGAAGUCUGUCCUUGCCUUUGUUGACGACCUCGAAUUCCAUCAGCAGCAACACGGAAGCAACCACUAUUCUCUAACCCCCUCAUCUCAGUCUCCCGUGCACCUUCGGGACGGUAGUAGUAGUUCUACGAACGAAGAAAAUGAAGUGGUCGGUAUAACUUUAGGCACAAAGCCUCCCUCGUCUUCCUGUGGAGCCUUACCCCCACCUGGUCGUGGAUCAGCUUCCCCACCUGUUCAAAAAGGCACCUCGACUGGACGCACCAACUUUUCUAAUAGCCGCCGAAGUGGCUACAGUAGCAGUUACGGUUAUCGGCGUGGUCGUGAAGGCCCAAGGGAUAACCCUGUUCCGUCCCGCUGCAUCGGUGUUUUUGGUUUGUCAUUGAAUACCCAAGAGCGUGAUCUUUAUGACCUCUUUUCGCGCUAUGGAGAGGUUGAGGACGUCACAAUUGUUUACGAUAAUUACACGGGUCAUUCAAGGGGGUUUGGUUUUGUGUACAUGAGGCAUCUCUCUGACGCGAAAGAAGCCAAGCACGACGCUCAUGGUAGUGAAAUUGAUGGUCGACCUAUUAGAGUGGACUACAGCGUUACUGAGCGUCCUCAUUCUCCUACCCCUGGUGUUUAUAUGGGAAGACCAACAAGACGUUACGGUGGUCGUCGUCGCACCCCUUCGCCAAGACGCCGGUACUCCAGGUCUCGUUCUCGAAGUUACGACUAA